AUGCAGGUGGAUAGAGAAGAGGACGACGGAAGGCGUUCGGGUUCGGCGCCGAGGCCUGAUGACGCCCAAGCGGCGCAGGAUGACGAAGAGGCAGUCCAGUUCGACGUUCACGACGUGCGGCUCUUCGCGCAGCUCUUGUCGGUGAUCAUUCCGCACUCGGCAGGCGGCGCGUCGUCGGCGUCUCUUGCGGACGCGGCGGCGACGGGGGUGGAGACUCAGAGCCGCGGCGCUUGGGGGAGUCUUCCCGCGGGUCAGGAGGGCGAUUGGUCCUGCGUCUUUGCGGAGUGGAGGCGGAACGAAAUUCGGCUGCGCGGCGUCUCCCGCGGUCGCGACGUAUACAGCGAGUUGCGCCUCGCGUCCUCCUUCUUCCGCGCCUUCGAAUACCGCGGCUCAGACGCAGCGCCUGGAGCCGAUCGCGCGUCGCGGAAGCGCAGACGGCGCCGCGCCGCAGAGGGCGAGGCGGCCGACGACGCGAGAGGACUCCGCAGCGAAGACGGCAGCGCGGAGGCUGGCGAGGGCGGUCUCGCUGCAGAGACUCGCCCCGGGUACCAGGUGAUGAUUCGCGUCAAAGAGCUCGUGAACGCCCUCAUGCUGUUCGGCGAAAACGCGCAUCUGCGCGUGCGGUUCGCCUUCGACGAAGGCGUCGUCUCUCUGCUUCUGCAGGAGCGCCCGCUGCCGGGGGCGGGCAAAUCAGAAGACGAGGAAGAAGCGAUUUCCGAGGUCGCUGUGAAGACCUUCGACGUCUCCCGGCACGAGCGUCUUCCGGAUCUCAGUGCCUUCCCUUCUGCUGGGACCUCGUCAUCGGCGGACUACAUUCGGAUUAAUCCGCAGGUGUUCCGGGAGAUUCUCGUGGAUCUGCUUGGCUCCGACGAAGACGCGGGCGCGUCGGGAGGCAACGGCGACGUCUGUCUGUCUGUCGUCCCUCCGCCGCUCGCGGAGUUCCUGCCGCAGGAAACGGACCAAGAGCUUCGCGGCGCGCCUGUAGGCGCUUGCGGCGGAAGGCAUGCAGCCUGGAGCUCGGGCGCCGCAUCCGCCAGAGAGAGAAGAGCGCAGGACAGCCCUCAUAUUGUGAUGAAGCUCACGAGUGACCAGCAGUCCGUCGCGCAGGAGGUCGCGCUGGGCUUGGAUCCGAUUCUCUUCCCGCGGGUCGAACUCUCGCGCCCGCACAGACACACGUACAAGCUGCGGAGUCUGCUGUCAGUUGUGCCUGCCCUGAAGCUUGCGACGGGGUUGCGAUUGGAGUGGCUUCAGGGCGGGCUGCUGCUUCUCCAGCUUCUUAUCAAGCCCGACCUUCGAACGCGGCUGUUUCUGCACUUCUAUCUCUUCCCGACAGUUUCGGCUGAAGGCCAAUAA